AGCUUAGACAGACUCGGACGAGAAAAAAAGAGGACGACAGAAUUGUCAAAGAAACGUCAGAAAAUUUGUGUAUUUUUAGGGUUAGAUUAUAAUAUUUUAGAGGAAUAAAAUUUUAAAAUUAGAAAAAUUUAAGAAUGACUAUGAAUGCCAUAUUAUCAAAUUUCUCCAGGUUAAGUCUUAAAGCCCCAACUCUGGCAAGGACAAUUUGUACAAAUAAACCACUAGCUUUUAAAUUCACUCCAGUUUUGCUCGCUGAACCUUUGAAAAAGAAGAAGAGACUUGACCCUGCAAUUGUUAAAGCUCGAGAAGAAAGAAAAAAACGAAAACUAGAAAAGCAAAUCAGAAGAUUGGAAAAGAAUGCACGGAAGUUAAAGCCUAUAGAAGAAUGCGAACCACCAUUUGAAGUUUUAGAUACGAUGCAGACCCGUAAAAGAAAUCUUGCAGCCCUUUCUACUGAAACUUUAGAGCGUAGAGCACUAUUGCAGAAGAAAUGGUGUCAUUACAAGAGAGAGGAGCAUUUAAGAGAUAUGCAGAUGUUAGAUAGAAUGGUAUAUUCCCAGCAAAGGGCACUAGAUGAACUUAGAAAAGAGUCUGAAGAACUUUAUCAAGAAGCUAUACAAUUUGAUUUUCAUUUGAUGCCUUUUACAAGCCAAGGACCAGUCGAAACACCACCUAUAGAAAAUUACAAUAGUCCAGAUGGAGAUUAUCAAGAUAUAUCCAAAAAGUGGUAGAAUAUCAGUUUUGUUAAAUAAAUUCUAGAUUAAACAUUAAGUUUUAAUGUG